AUGGUCUCAAUCAAAGAGAAACUUGUGAUCUCUUACGAUGGAAGCCCUGAAUGCACUAUUCCAAGCAAUCUAGUCACCAAGUUGGAGGAUGGAGACCAAAAAUUUCUGAAGCUGAGGCCUUCCUCAGUGGCUUUAGCACAAGUGAUUUGUGGAGGUUGUUCAAUGAAGAACCCCACUUUCACUCAUAGCCCCAGGCUCAAAGAGCUGAAGGAUAAAUUGGAUCAGGCCUUGCUGCAGGCAUCUGCAGAACAACAUUCUCCUGAUGAUGAUGGGCCAGAACUGUUUGGUGGGCAAGCAACAGAUGUAGCUGUUGCCUUGGAGGAAAGGCAGCUGGAAGCUGUAUUUGCAUACCUGAAGGAGGAUUGCGCGACCCUACAUGAAGACAAGAAAAGGAAUUACAACAAAACUGGGUCCUAUGCCAAGAGGCCAAGAACUGAUGCCUCCAGCAAUAGCUAG